AUGAAUAGAUUGAUGAAAUCGGACCUUUUUUUGCCACUCCAAAAAAAGUCACUUCUUUUGGAAUGGGGUGUUUUGUCCAUCGAAGCAGAAGGAGAAGAAGAAUCAAUACCCGAUCACCUGCUCCAGUUCGUGGCCUCCAUUGUCUCUGAGGCCUCCUUCACGAUGAAACUCCCCAAGGAAUUUGUAACGCCCAUCAUAGAGAAACUCCUCCGCGCGGGGACUGCGCCCUGCAUGGAGCUGGCCUUGAAAAUCUUGGGAUCCCUCAAGGACGUUUCCUUGUCCGCCCUGCAGCUGCGGUGCAUUUUGCUCGUAGAAUUCCAUCGAAUUCCAUCGAAUCUAGGCGCUCCAGCGGCAAAUCGCGCUGAUAACCGCGCUUCAGCAGCUCGACCGUUUCAUCCAGUGGAAUUCGAAGAACAUGGUGGACGCGCUGGAUUCCGUCGUGACGUCGCUGCUUCGUCUGGUCAAGGAAACGCCCUCGGAUUGGCAGAAAUCGGGGCUUUUUUUGCACGAUCUGCCGGCUGUUCGGCUUCUGAGUCUGCGCGUGCUGCGGCGCAUCGCGGAUUUCACGCUGGCGACGGUGCUGCCGGUGGCGAAUCGCGUGUGUGGGGAGCUGCGCGAUGUGCUGGAUGACGAGCAGCGAGCGAUUCGGGAGUAUGCGGCGAGGGUGAGGAAUCUGUGGCUGAUGAUUCAUUGAGGAAGUGGGUGGUUUAUGGAG